CACCCACCCCCACAACACCCAUCACAAUGUCUGGCAAAGUCGGCGGAAAGGGCGGCAAGGCUGGUGGCAAGGCUGGCGCGGCCGACUCUGGCAAGGCGCAGUCCCGCUCGUCCAAGGCUGGUCUCCAGUUCCCGGUCGGUCGUGUGCACCGUCUGUUGAAGAAGGGCAACUACGCCCAACGUGUUGGCGCCGGCGCGCCUGUCUACCUCGCGGCUGUCCUUGAGUAUUUGGCUGCUGAGAUCUUGGAGUUGGCAGGCAACGCAGCGCGCGACAACAAGAAGCAGCGUAUCGUUCCCCGUCACUUGCAGCUCGCCAUCCGGAACGACGAAGAGUUGAACAAGCUUCUCGGCGACGUCGUUAUCUCGCAGGGUGGUGUCGUCCCCCACAUCCAGGCCGAGCUCCUCCCAUCAAAGAGCGGCAAGGGCAAGAAGGAGGACGCCAGCCAGGAGGUGUAAAUGGCACGUCAUAGACAUUUCUGGGCCUUUGUUGCUUGCUCUCUCGCACCUGUACCAUCAUCAUGUACUCUAGCCAUCCAUAAUUUAUCGGCACACUACAGGCCUACGGGCAACCCACACAUAGGAUGUGACUGGCUGCGCUUGAAAUGCCCAUCUCAAUCAUUGCCACGACGGUGGCCUCGCGGUGUGCCUUGUCGUUCCAUUCGUACGGAUUCGGUUCACCCUGACGAUCCUCUGGGGCUUGCGACGACUCGGGGAGGUCGCAAGGACGAUCGUCGACCAUCAUAUUGGCACAGGAGGCCAUUUAGCCAAGGCGCGAGGCUCUCAAAUUGUAACGUAUAAUACGCUACCAGACUUCGGGACAGCACGAUUGUGACCUGC